GGGGCCGGGCGGGGAGCGCGGAGCCCGCGGACGGAGGAGGCGGCUGCGCCACGAUUUGUCACCAUGAGCUGCUUGUCAUUGGAGUCCAUCUGCAUUUUCCUGCUUCUCCAAAUUUUGCUGGUGUUGGGUAUACAAGAAAUACAUGCUGACCAGGAGGUGAUCAGCAAGAUCUCAGCUGCUGCUCAGUUGAUGCAGUGCUCUGCUUCGUUGGAUGUCCUUUUACUCUUGGAUGGCUCCUACAGCAUUGGCAAGGGAAGCUUUGAAAGGUCUAAGCACUUUGCAGGCAAGCUCUGUGAUGCCUUGGAUGUCCGUCCAGAUAGAGUCCGUGUGGGAGUGAUACAGUUUAGCUCAACUCCCCACCUUGAAUUCCCACUGGAUUUGUGUGUAACCAAACAAGAAGUGAAAGAGAGAAUCAAGAGGAUUGUGUUCAGAGGUGGGAGCACAGAGACAGCCCGGGCUCUGAAGUACAUUCUCCGCAAGGGAUUCCCUGGUGGCAGAAACUCCAGUGUCCCCCAAGUCCUGAUCAUCAUUUCAGAUGGGAAGUCCCAGGGCAGUACUGCUGUGCCUGCAAGGCAGGUGAAGGAGAGACACAUCACGGUUUUUGCGGUGGGAAUCAAGUUUCCAAGGUGGGAGGAGCUGCACAUGCUGGCCAGUGAGCCCACCCAACAGCACCUGCUCUUUGCUGGAGAUGCUGAUGAUGCUGCCAACGGCCUCUACAGCACCCUCAGUGGCUCCAUCUGCAGUGCCACUGCUCCAGGCUGCAAUGUUGAAUCCCACCCUUGUGAACGCAGGACCCUGGAGACUGUGAAAGAGCUGGCUGGAAACUAUGUGUGUUGGAAAGGCUCAAAGCAGCCAAAUGCAGUGCAGGCUUCACUGUGCCCUUUCUACAGGUGGAAGAGAGUCUUGAUCAGACACCCGUCCAGAUGCUUCCGAACUGUAUGUCUAGAUCCUUGUGACUCCCAGCCAUGCCAGAACGGGGGCACGUGUGUCCCAGAGGGACUAGAAAAAUACCACUGCCUCUGCCCAGUGGGCUACGGAGGAGACAUCCACUGUGCACCAAAGCUGAGCCUGGAGUGCAGCGUGGAUGUGCUUUUCCUGGUGGACAGCUCGGCAGGGGUCACUCUGGAAGGAUUCCUGCGCUACAAAGCCUUCCUCAAGAGGUUCGUGCAAGCAGCGAUGGGCCAGGACUCGCCCAUGAACGUUGGGGUGGCCCAGUAUGAUAACAAGGUGAGGAUACCCAUUGAAGUGGGCCAGCACAGGGAUGCCCUCAGUCUCCUGAAGAGCAUUGAUGCGUUGAGUUUCAGCGGAGGAGGAACUCUGACAGGCAGAGCCCUGCAGUACAUUGCACAGCACGGUUUCAGGAGCAGGCCAGUGUUUGCAGAUGUGCAGGAUGACCUCCCACGGGUGGUUGUGCUGCUCACUGACUCCAAGGCCCAGGAUGCAGUGGCAGAAGCCGCUCAGUACGCGCGGGACCGAGAUCUCUUCUUGAUCGGUGUGGGCAGCAGCCUGGUGAGAGCAGAGCUGACCGAGGUGACCGGCAAUCCAAAGCAGACAAUUGUCUACUCAGACCCUCAGGACCUAUUCAACAGGAUCCCAGAGCUGCAAAGAAGAAUCUGCAGCGUGGACAAUCCCGAAGGCUGCCAGGCACAGGCCCUCGAUGUGGCAUUUGCAGUGGAUGCCUCGGCUGGAGUUGGCCUGGAGAGUUUUCUGCAGCUGAGGAGCUUUGUCAGGAGCAGCUGUUUGCACUUCAGCAUCAACCGGGACGUCACCCAAAUGGCUUUGGUGGUCUACGGCAGCAAAGCUCACACCGCGUUCGCUUUGGACACCCACACGAGCAACGCAGCCGUCCUCCAAGCCAUCGACCAGGUGCCUUUCCUCGGGGGCUCAGGCUCUGCUGGCGGCGCCUUGCUGCAUAUCUAUGGCGACGUGAUGACAGUGCAGAAAGGAGCCAGGCCUGGGGUCAGCAAGGUGGUGGUGCUGCUCAGCAACGCAGGCGGCCUGGAGGACGCGGCGGCCCCGGCUCAGCACCUGCGGGACAACGGCGUCUCAGUGUUUGUGGUUGUUGUUGGGGAUGCACAGAGGGAGAGGCUGCUGAGGGUUGCUGGUUCUCCCAACUACCUGCUCCACAUCUCCUCCUAUGAAGAUCUGCAACAUUACCAAGACCUUAUCAUUGAAAGAAUCUGUGAAGAAGCAAGAAGCCCUGUGAACCUGUGCAAACCCAACCCCUGCAUGAACCAGGGCGUGUGCAUCCUGGGGCCCGGGAGCUACCGCUGCGAGUGCCGGGGCUGGGAAGGGCCCCACUGCGAGAGCAGAGUUCUCCGGGGUGAUUCUCCGAGAUCACCAGCCCUUCCUCCAUGGCCCCACCGGAGUCCAAGGGCUUUGCAACACCUCUCCAGAGCCUCCCGGCACACUGAAAGGUCCAUGGACCAGAGACAGUGACACAGAUGCACCAAGGGCUCCAGUUCUCCCUCCAGGAACUCUUUCCCCAGCAAGCCACCGCUGUCCCAGGAAGAGACUGAGUUGCUCCAGCACAGGGACUGUGCUGAGGUCAUCCCCAGUUCCAGCAUUGCACAAACUGGGCUUCCCAGUACUCACUCUCUCUUUUUUAUAUGGAAGUAAAUAUGU